CUUUUCCCUUUUUAUAACAAAAGUAAUUUGAAAAUUGCUCAAAAAGAAAAAAAAAAAUCAUACUAUGUAGUUCUCCAAGAGCAUAUAUUAUUGUAAUAUUGUAAGAAAGGAAUAAUUUUUUCUUUUUUAACUUUGAUAUUCCACUGAUUAGAGCUAACAGUAGCAAUACUCUUAGUAGAAAGCUCAACAGACAGAUUAACAAUGGAGAAAUUUGCAACAACAAUGAUGGGUUUUCUGCUUUUAUGUUUAUGUGCUGUUGAUUCUGAAGCAGUGUACAUGAAGUAUAAGGACCCAAAACAGGCAUUGAAUGUUAGAAUAAGGGACUUGAUGAACAGAAUGAGUCUUGAAGAAAAAAUAGGUCAGAUGACACAGAUUGAGAGACAUGUAGCUACACCUGAGAUCAUGAAGAAAUACUUCAUUGGGAGUGUACUGAGUGGUGGAGGAAGUGUACCAGUUCCUAAGGCUACUGCGGCGGACUGGGUGAAGAUGGUAAAUGAGAUUCAGAAGGGUUCCCUUUCAACACGCCUUGGUAUUCCCAUGAUUUAUGGAAUUGAUGCAGUUCAUGGGCACAAUAAUGUCUAUGGAGCUACAAUAUUUCCACACAAUGUUGGCCUUGGAGUCACAAGAGACCCACAGCUUGUGAAGAGGAUUGGGGCUGCAACUGCCCUUGAAGUCAGAGCCACAGGAAUCCCUUACACUUUUGCACCGUGCAUCGCGGUCUGCAGAGAUCCAAGAUGGGGUCGGUGCUAUGAAAGCUACAGUGAAGAUCAUAACAUUGUUCGAGCAAUGACGGAGAUCAUUCCUGGUUUACAAGGAGAUGUUCCAGCUAACUCCCGUAAGGGUGUUCCUUUUGUUGCAGGAAAGACAAAAGUAGCAGCCUGUGCUAAGCACUUUGUGGGCGAUGGUGGCACUACCAAGGGCAUUGAUGAAAAUAACACUGUUAUCGAUGUGAACGGGCUACUUAACAUCCACAUGCCUGCCUAUAUUGAUUCUAUUGUAAAGGGAGUUUCCACAAUAAUGGUCUCUUACUCAAGCUGGAAUGGCAUGAGGAUGCAUGCGAACCGUGGUCUAAUCACUGGCUUUCUCAAGGGAAAGCUCAAGUUCAGAGGUUUUGUCAUAUCAGAUUGGGAGGCAAUUGACAAGAUUACUGAGCCACCCCGUGCAAAUUACUCUUACUCUAUUCAGGCUGGAGUUCUUGCUGGACUCGACAUGAUUAUGGGUCAGGAGAACUUGACUGAAUUUCUUGAUGAUCUGGCUUUCCAAGUAAGGAAAAAUAUCAUUCCCAUGAGCAGGAUAGAUGAUGCAGUUAAGAGAAUAUUAAGGGUUAAAUUUGUAAUGGGUCUCUUUGAGAACCCACUGGCUGAUCUCAGCUUAGCAAAUCAACUAGGAAGCCAGGAGCACAGAGAGUUAGCAAGAGAAGCAGUGAGGAAAUCACUUGUACUAUUGAAGAAUGGAAAAGUUACUAGCCAGCCACUACUUCCCCUUCCGAAAAAAGCAACAAAAAUACUUGUCGCUGGCAGUCACGCUGACAAUUUGGGUUACCAGUGCGGAGGCUGGACUAUAAGUUGGCAGGGAAUUGGAGGCAAUGAUCUUACCACAGGAACAACCAUUUUAAAUGCUGUGAAAAGCACAGUCGAUCCAUCUACACAAGUGGUCUACCGGGACAAUCCAGAUGUAAACUUUGUAAAGGCCAACCACUUCUCCUAUGCCAUUAUUGUCGUGGGUGAGACGCCUUAUGCAGAGAUGUUUGGUGAUAGUGCAAAGCUUACAAUAGCUGAACCUGGUCCGAGCACCAUCGGUAAUGUUUGUGGGGUUGUGAAAUGUGUGGUAGUUGUCAUCUCUGGGCGUCCAGUUGUGAUGGAGCCGUAUCUUGCAAAUAUAGACGCCCUCGUAGCUGCUUGGCUUCCGGGAAGUGAAGGCCAAGGUGUUGCUGAUGUUCUGUUUGGUGAGUAUGGAUUCACAGGAAAACUUGCGCGCACUUGGUUCAAGUCUGUUGAUCAGCUUCCCAUGAAUGUUGGUGAUCCACAUUAUGAUCCUUUGUUUCCUUUUGGAUUUGGUCUCACCACUAACCCUGUGAAAAACUAAAAUCUCUUCCUCUGGACUUCCACUUGCUGCUCAAUCUUCAUAACUGGAUAUUUAAUAUCAUAAUAUAAGAGUUUACAAAAAAGUCACGAGCAGCUCCUUGUAGUUCAGUACUGUACUGUAGUCUACCAAAUUACUAUUAGAAUCCAAAAUUUGACGUUCGAAAGUAGUUCUAGCCAUACAACUUUAUUAGCAAAUAUUGAGGAACUACCAAAAGCCUGAUGCGAUUAUAAAGAGCUUUAUUUAUCCCUUGUAUGAACAAUUCUUGAUGUAAUCUUUAAGUUAAUUUUUAUUAUAUAUUAUAGAUACCAACUCA